AUGAAAAAGAAGUAUCAAGGCUGUGCAAGAGCAAAGAGGCUGCAACUUCAAGCUUUACGCUCGGAAUUUGAAACACUUCGAAUGAAGUCGGGAGAAUCAAUUGCAGAUUAUUUCUCUCGCGUGAUGACCAUUGUCAAUAAAAUGCGAAUUCAUGGAGACAGGACAGAAGAAAUAACUGUCAUAGAAAAAAUUCUUCGAUCAUUAACAGCAAAAUUUAACUUUGUUGUUUGUGCUAUAGAAGAAUCUAAAGAUAUAGAUGAUUUGUCACUUGAUGAAUUGCAGAGCUCAUUGGUGGUGCAUGAACAUAAGUUCAAACAGGAAGACACAGAUGAGCAAGCAUUAAAGGCUUCUACUGAUACUCGUUCCAACAAUUUUCAAGGAAGCGGUAGAGGCAGAGGUAGAGGCAGAGGCAGAGGCAAAGGAAGGUCCACUAAUUUCAGAGCCAAUAAUGAUCAAUUUCAAGGCAGAGGCAGAGUAGGAGCCCCUGAUAAAUCCAAGGCUGCUAAAUAG